AUGCUUAUAACGGAAUUUCGAGUCCUUUUACCGAUGACAGUCGAAGAGUAUCAAGUUGCACAGUUAUAUGCAACAGCUAAAGUUUCCAAACAAAACACAGGUGGUGGUGAAGGUGUAGAAAUUCUUGCUAAUGAACCAUUUCAAAAGCCUGCAUCGGAAGGAUUUCUUGGCAAAUAUAAUACUGGUCAAUAUACGAAAAAAAUCUAUCAUUUAGGUUCACGUGUACCAAACUUCGUUCGUUUAGUAUUUAAAGAUUCAACAUUAUCUUUAAAUGAAGAAGCCUGGAAUGCUUAUCCAUAUUGUAAAACAGUUCUAACAAAUCCAUAUAUGAAAGAUCAUAUGUUUAUUGAUAUAUCAACAUUGCAUGUAGCUGAUCGUGGUGAAUCAGAAAAUGUUCAUCAACUUACUGGUGAUGAACUUAAAAAACGUCAAGUUGUCUAUAUUAAUAUUGCUGAUAAAGUUAGCCGUGGUGAUUAUAAACCAGAAGAUGACCCAGAAAAAUUUAAAUCAGUUAAAACUGGUCGUGGUCCACUUUUAUCGACUGAACCAUGGUAUAAAAAUUGUCAACCAUAUAUGUGCUGUUAUAAAUUAGUACGAGAAAAAUUCAAAUGGUUUGGUAUUCAAACAAAAGUAGAAAAUUUAAUUAUGACUCAAGAAGAACGUUUAUUUCGUAAUUUUCAUCGACAACUUUUUUGUUGGACAGAUGAAUGGUACGGUUUAACAAUGCAAGAUAUUCGAGCACUUGAAGCUGCUGCAGUUGAAGAACUUAAUAAAGAACGUAAAGAAGGACAUAAGAAAGGUUUUACUACUGAAGAAUAA